AGAAGUGAAUUUCUCAAAAUGGCGCCAUACGGUCAACGUGGAAACAUCGAUAUAACGUGUUAACGAUACAGAUUUACACAAUUUCAUAAUUUCUUUUUAUCAAUAUGAUACUUUAAGAAUCCAAUGACCAUAAAACUUCAGAAUUUUAUAUCAGCGUUUGGUGCAAAUUAGUGUGUGUAAUUAUUCGUCAAAAUGACGAGAGUCCGAUUUAAAAGACAUUGGUUGCCACUUGUCCUAAUGGGCAUACCGACCCUGUGGUUACUAGCCGUAUUGCGCAUGUCGUUUACGUUUGUGGACAAUUCGGAUCUUCAUGAGCACAUAUCAAAACGAGACUCUAUCCCAGAAACAAAAUUAGAUAAAAUAAAUCAUGUUAGGCGUAGGUCUAGACAUCACAGGCAAAGGGGCGAAUGGGACGAAGGCUUUAAUUUAGUAGCGUUAGAACGGGAUGAAGUAGAAGUUGUACCAAAGUUAAAUAUUACACGAAACAAAAAUUAUAAUAAAACUAUUUUAAAACACAUUGAAAAACCUGCUAAAAUAGAAAAUGACGUAGUAAAUAUGGAAGAAGCACGAAUAAUCCCCAUGCAGAUACCGGAGAGACUGGAAAAUAAAGAUGACAACGUUGAUGAGUCUGUCGUUGCAGUUCAUCAGACAGAAAUUUUGAACCCGUUCUUAAAAAGAGCCGGAAGUGAAGAACCGGGUGUUUUGGUGCCAAAGAAAGUCAGCGUACAAAUAACUGAAGGUGAAAACAGGAAGUUAACAUAUCCAGUAAAUACUGAGUCAAACGGUCCAGGUGAAAACGGUGUCCCUGUUGUAAUAGACCCUGAAAGACUGGAUGAACUGACCAAAAGAAAAGAAUAUUAUUAUGGAUUAUAUAAUUACCGUUUUAAUGAAUUCGCCAGCAACUUGAUCUCAGUCAAGCGUAAUCUACCAGAUUACAGAAAUAAUGAGUGUAAAAAGAGACAGUAUCCUUCCCUACCAACAGUUACCAUUAUUAUAUGUUUUUAUAACGAGGCCUGGUCGACUUUAUUACGGACAGUUCAUAGUGCUAUAGACAGGGCACCGCCUAAUCUUGUUAAAGAGGUCUUCCUUCUCGACGAUAACUCGGACAAAGAACAUUUAAAAACUCCACUCGACGAGUAUGUAGGAAAGGAACUACCAAAAGUUACAAUAAUUCGGAUUAAAACACGACAAGGGCUGGUAAGGGCCAGAAUGAUGGGUGUUGCCAGGGCAACAGGAGAUGCGCUUGUGUUUCUGGAUUCCCAUGUUGAAUGUUUCGAUGGUUGGUUGGAACCCUUGUUACUGCCCUUGAUAGAAAACCCAGAAACCGUGGUGACACCUAUUAUUGAAAUGAUCGACAGUAGGACGUUUGGUAUAGCCAGUACAGUAGAGGGAAAUAUUGGUAGUUUAAAUUUAGCCAGAAUGGAAUUUAUUUGGACACAAGCUCCACCAAGGGUUUUAAGAUUAAGAAAGUCCCCGGAUGAUAAUUAUAUGUCACCAACAAUGGCGGGUGGUCUGUUUGCCAUCACUAAAGAUUAUUUCCACAGAUUAGGUGGUUAUGAUGAAGGUAUAGAAUUGUGGGGAAGUGAAAAUCUAGAACUAUCCUUUAAGACUUGGAUGUGCGGAGGACGAAUACUAAUAACACCCUGUAGUCAUAUUGGUCACGUGUUCAGGGCGACGUCACCAUAUUUAAACGAAACGCAAAUACCAACUCUACAAAGGAACAAGGCAAGAGUGGCAGAAGUUUGGUUAGACCAAUACAAGCAAUUUUUCUUUUCUGUCGCCAGAAUUCAACCGGAUGGCAUAGGUGACAUAACAUCCCAGAAGCAACUAAGAAAAGAUUUAAAAUGUAAAACUUUUGACUGGUAUAUACGUAAUGUUUAUCCUGAGUUGUAUGUACCCGGUAUAGGUGAAAAGUUUGGAGAGUUAAUGAAUGCAGGUGUAAAGGAGUGUAUCAAGGUACCAAGCGUAAUGAACCGUCAAUUAGAAGUGAAAAUAUGUAGUAAAUAUAUGAAUGUUUGGGAGUUCACGCUCGAGAAUAAAAUAAGAUAUGCUGAUCUGUGUUUUGACGUCAUUGGAAACAGAGUUGUCGUGAACACGUGUUCGUCAACGAGUAAUUCCCAGACCUUUAUUGCUAAGGAGGGCGGCCUUAUCAUUCACCAACCGACCCAGUUGUGUUUGAGUGUCGUCUUCCGAACGAUGAAAGUGAUCCUUAAAGAAUGUAAGAAUUUAAUCCUACAAGCGUGGAGCUGGAGUUCUAAUCCCAACUACAUGCAGCCAUUGUCUUUAUUAUAAUAAAUUAUUGUUUGUGUACAUUCCCUGUUUUUAGAUUGGAAUUAAAUGGUGCUUAUAGUCUCGUCAACAUAAUAGACCCACUUUGGUCAUUUUCUGUGCAUUUGGCCCGGUCAUUUUCUGUGCAUUUGGCAUUUGUCUCAACUCUUUUUGGUAUUCCAAAUGCCAAGGGCAUGUAAAACGUUUAGCCUCAAACAUAUAAGUAGCAUGGUAUUUUCCUGCUGGAACACGAAGAAGAGUAGGUAAAAAUGUAGCAAGAUUGUUAGAGUUUUUCCUCUUUAAAUUUCUAUAAUUAUUUACAUCAUAUUUGACCAAUUAGAUAAUUGAAGGUCCAUAACCCUAGGCUAAAAAUAAAAAACUAUCACAUUUGUGAGCAAUCGCCAGACAGCAGCUUGAUUCUAGAAGGGAAAAGAUGUAGCAAUUUCUAUCAGCAGACUCGCCCCAGCGAGUCUGGCUGGAUGGGGUUUGAGAGGAUGACUUUAGUAUUGUAAUCUACUUUGCUUGUAUCUAUGUAUCCAGCUAUGAUAUAUAAAAUGUAAAAACGAA